UUAGUCCAGGUUCAAACUUGAUGAUGUUGCUGUACGUGGAUUUUAAACGGCUGAUACAUUGUUACCUGAACGUAACAACAACGUAACAUUUGACAAUUUCACAUUUUUCUUUAGUUGAAUUUCUUUCAAAGUCAACGAAAAACCAACAACAGAAAUGCCGAAUCAAAGAGACGAGGCGGCCGGCGAUUCCCCCGCUGACCUUCCCUGUCUGGAAAAACUUGACUCUCCUACGGGGAGCCCACCCACCGCCUCAUUAUCCAGUCUGAUGGAGCUGGAAAAUUGUGUCUCCAACCUGAGCCUCGCACACGAGAUAGUGGUGAACAGAGACUUCUGCUUCAAACCCAAAAGCCCUCCUACAGACAGCCUGGAGGGCAGAGUGACAGAGAUUGUUCACCGGGCGUUUUGGGACAGUCUUCAAGAGCAGCUGAACACUGAUCCUCCAAACUACAGCCACGCCGUCGUUCUGCUCCAAGAAGUCAAGACAAUGCUUCAGUCCCUGCUGCUGCCGGGUCACGUCAGACUGAGGUCCCAGCUGGAUGAGGUUCUGGACAUGGAUCUGAUCCGCCAGCAGGUGGAUCAUGGAGCUCUGGAUCUCCGCAGACUGUCUGCAUACAUCAUCAACACCAUGGCCUCUUUAUGUGCACCUGUACGUGACCCACACAUCCGAGCACUCAGGGACCUGCAGGACCCUGUGGAGCUCCUGAGGGAGAUCUUCCGCGUCCUGGGUCUGAUGAAGACAGACAUGGUAAACUUCACCGUCCAGAGCCUGAGGCCUCACCUCCUGCAGCAGGCCGUGCAGUACGAGAGGACCAAGUUCCAGCAGAUCCUGGACCAGCAGUCAGCCUCUCUGGACUACACCAGCGCUUGGCUCCUGGCAGCAGCGUCAGAGGAGGCGAUGGCCGUCAGAGCUCAGUCUGACUCUCCCGCUCCUGACAGCAGAGGUCCUGUCAGCCCCACUGCUGUCCUCACCAGGGCCUACAUGCGCCUGCUUCACUGGGACCCACACGACCAGAAAUAUCCCGAGACUGCUCUGAUGGACCGAGCUCGCCUGGACGCUCUGGGACAGCAGCUCCAGAUGUUGGUCUUGGAGGCCUCGGUGCUGCUCUUGACCAGCGCUCAUUGUGGAGGCUCUGUUUUCUCCCUGCAGGGGUUUGUAGGUAAACUCAGGCCCGCCAUCGCUGCCCUGCUGGAGGGCAGUCACACCAGGGAGGCUGAGCUGAAGGCUGCACUGCUGGGGAUCGGGGAUGUCGUACUGCAGCAGGUGACCGAAGCUGUGAGCGGCCAGGGAGGAGCAGCGCUGCCAAAGGAGAGCCUGGAUCUGCUGAGAGGACAAAUAUCUGAGCUGUGGAAGCACAGCAACCCUGUCCGCACACUCAUAGGAGAAAGGGUACAGGGCUUCCUCCAGGCCAUGCUGCAGGGCGGCCCUGCUAAGAGGAGUCCAGAGCUGCCUGCUUCCCUCAGGCUAGUGGGCGCUGAGCUAGCCGAGCUGGGGACGGCCUUUGGGCGAAUCGUCCACUUCAACAGAACGGUCUUUGGUCCUUUCUUUGCACCCAUCCUCAGGAGGCUGCUGUUCCCACCAGGAGAGGCCGAGACCGCGGAGGACUCACGCUGAGCUGAGGGCUGACCCAGACAGCGUCCCGGUGAACUAAACAUAAGCUGCAAUUUGAUGGCUAGCAUUAGCCAUGGUGUGUAAAUACAGUGUGUGGGAGUGUUUGAGAGAAAGACAUUUAUAGUCACAGAAUAUAUGCAUAUUAUAUUUUUUCAGUUUUUCAACAAAAAAAACGUUUAUCAGUUCAUGAGGCAGAUGCUGAAUCAUAAGCAGCAGAAAAACAUGAAAACCUAAAACGCUGUGUGAAA